AUGCCAGCUGUCGGCAUAGAUUUAGGCACUACGUACUCGUGCGUCGGCGUUUGGCAGCAUGGAAACGUAGAUAUUAUCGCCAACGAUCAAGGAAAUCGCACUACGCCCUCAUACGUUGCGUUCACGGGCACCGAGCGGCUGAUUGGAGACGCUGCUAAAAAUCAAGUAGCUAUGAAUCCUGACAAUACUAUAUUCGAUGCAAAACGACUAAUUGGACGAAAAUUUGAUGAUCCUAAAAUACAGCAAGACAUUCAACAUUGGCCAUUCAAGGUCAUCAACGAUGGUGGUAAACCAAAAAUACAAGUGCAGUAUAAAGGCCAAAUUAAAAAGUUCUCUCCAGAGGAGAUUAGUAGCAUGGUGCUGUCCAAAAUGAAAGAUAUAGCCGAAUCUUAUUUGGGUAGUACUGUAAAGGACGCUGUCAUAACUGUGCCUGCUUAUUUUAACGAUUCUCAAAGACAAGCUACCAAAGACGCUGGAGCGAUCGCUGGAUUGAAUGUGCUUCGAAUCAUAAACGAGCCGACUGCCGCUGCAUUAGCGUACGGUUUGGACAAAAAUUUGAAAGGGGAACGUAAUGUCCUUAUUUUUGAUCUCGGUGGUGGGACUUUCGAUGUGUCCAUACUAACGAUCGAUGAGGGCUCGCUCUUUGAAGUCAAAUCUACAGCCGGCGAUACUCACCUUGGUGGUGAGGAUUUCGACAGCAGAUUAGUCAACUUUCUUGCUGAUGAAUUUAAAAGAAAGUAUAAGAAGGACUUAAGGUCAAAUCCAAGAGCGGUGCGUCGUUUGCGCACAGCAGCAGAACGAGCGAAAAGAACGCUUUCUUCCAGCACUGAAGCGAAUAUCGAAAUCGAUGCGCUUUACGAGGGAAUCGACUUCUUCUCGAAGAUAUCUAGGGCGCGUUUCGAAGAACUUAACGCUGAUCUGUUUCGCAAUACUCUUGAACCAGUGGAGAAGGCUUUGAAGGACGCUAAAAUGGAUAAGAGCUCAAUUAAUGACAUUGUUUUAGUUGGAGGAUCGACUCGUAUACCGAAAAUUCAGAAUUUGCUCCAGAACUUGUUUAACGGGAAAAAGCUGAAUUUGUCUAUUAAUCCCGAUGAAGCAGUGGCGUAUGGAGCGGCUGUACAAGCGGCCAUAUUAGGAGGAGAGCGCCAUUCGAAAAUUCGUGACGUCUUAUUAGUCGAUGUAACCCCGUUAUCUUUGGGGAUAGAAACGGCCGGCGGUGUAAUGACUAAAAUUGUGGAACGUAACGCCAAGAUCCCGUGCAAACAUUCGCAAACAUUCACGACCUACUCCGACAACCAACCAGCCGUUACCAUUCAAGUGUACGAAGGCGAAAGAGCCAUGACCAGAGACAACAAUUUGUUGGGAACUUUUGAUUUGACCGGAAUACCCCCUGCACCUCGUGGUGUGCCGCAAAUCGACGUAACCUUUGACUUGGACGCCAACGGAAUCCUCAACGUGUCUGCCAAAGAGAAUAGCACCGGCAAAAGCAAGAAUAUAGUCAUAAAGAACGACAAGGGCAGGCUGUCCAAAGCUGAUAUAGAGAGGAUGCUAGCUGAUGCCGAGAGGUACAAAGAUGAUGAUGAUAGACAGAGGGAACGUGUGUCAGCCCGCAACAAGCUUGAAACGUAUGUGUUUGGCGUCAAACAAGCAAUUGAUGGUGCAGGCAGUAAACUGAGCAAUGUAGAAAGCUCUAAAGCGAGGGAGAAAUGCGAUGAAAUUUUACGCUGGUUAGAAAGUAAUUCUUUAGCGGAGAAGGAAGAGUAUGAUGACAAGAUGAAGGAAGUAACCAAAGUGUGCGGGCCUCUUAUGCAAAAAUUGCACGCUAGUGGUGGUAAAGGUCAGCAAGGUGGCAACGAGGGCCCAGUUAUAGAAGAGGUAGAU